AUGAUGAAUUUACCAUCAUUAUCAUCAUCAAUUUCACCUCCUCCAGCACCAGCACCACCACCAAUAAUCAUGACUGAAGAAGAAUUAGCAAUUGAAAAUAAUGAAAUAGAAAAUAUCGUCGAUCAAGAACAAGAAAUAGAAAAAAUUUUAAAAGAAACAAAGGAAGAAGUUGAAAAAAUUUUAAAAGAAAACGAACAACAAAUAAAAGAAAAAGAACAAAAAAUAAAAGAACUUGAAGAAAACAAAAACAGAUUCAUAAUUAUUAUAUGGAUUAAUGGAAAAUUCUCCGAUGAUAUUUUGAUAAAAUUAUACUAUGACAAAGCACCAAUCACAUCGAACUAUUUCAGAUCAAUAUGUAUUGGGCAGAGGGGUUUCGGUUUCGAAAACACCUUCUUCAACUAUUUAUACAUUGAUGGAUUUAUUGAAGGAGGAGAAACAGAAAUUUUCACUCGAGAUGGUAACAGAUUUUUUGAUCAAGUUGUAUUUGGCGAGGUGACAAGCGGUAUGCAUCUAUUAAAUGCAAUUAAUCAAAAAGGUAUUCGUUAUGUUUCUCGUGGUAGUGUUGUUAAUCUUGGUGAACAACUUACUGCUACCGGUGCUAUUCAAAAUGAUACUUUAAUUGGUGAUGUUCAACCUGGUAGUGUUGAUGACACUUUUAUUGAUUCUCAAGUUGGGGAUGUUGGUACUGAUGACAAUGAAACACAAGCUCGUGAUGGUACUUAUCAUGCUGAAAUAUCUAUUCAUGAUGGUCUUAAUAAUUCUCAACUUCGUGGUGUGCCUAUGGAUAAAGUUAUUAUAUACGCCUGUGGAGAAAAAGACUGA